AUGGCUUCCGAGACAUUAUCACUCUUUCCAUCGCCUCUUUGUUCAAUACCUCCAAAGUCUUGUCUGAGACAGGCUGAAGAUGUUCACACAAGACGCAACACUCCAUCGCCUGUACUCGGUUCGAAGCUGUAUCCUUCGGGAAAACUUCGAGGACUUGCUCUGCAGGUUACUCCUCAAGUCUCGAAACCCACGUCUGCGCAAUCGCCUGAGUCAGAUGCAAGACCUUCCUUCUCGAGCCUUAGUUCAAAUUGCUCUCCCGACAACAACAGCAUGUUGAGUUCUUCACUACAGUCAGAGACAGCUGCAAGCACUGGAAGGAGACCGGCUGUUGCAAUUCGCAAGAUAUCAAUCGAUUCGAAUUCCAGCGAGACACGUUCCGACUUCUCAGGUCCAACGUUAGUGAGGACCAAUAGUGGCUCCUCAGCCCAACCAAAAGUCGUGUCACCACCUAUCAAGUCGAUGUUUCCAGAGUAUGACCCAAGUCUACCACUUUCGCAGCAGCGAUACUACCCAACUGAAAAUCUACCUCGACCGAGUCUCGAGCGCAAUGCAAGAUAUCAUUGUCAGACUCAUGCAGAUGUGCCAUCGCCUACCUCACCAACGCCUGCUGCAGGUCUCUCUCAGUUGCAAGCUCUGUGGAAUGCUGCUAAUGGCCAGAAUGGAGUUUUCCACUCGGAGAAGAUCAAGUUGACUAUGCACCGAGAUGAGAUCGGGGUCGGCUCGACAGCGGCUGAAGUACGAUUUGGAUCACGAGAGGGCCGUACACUGUACUCUGUGUCUCCUUCGGAUGCUUCGAGCGAACUCACAGUUCGAAGGCAUCAUCCUGCCCGAACUGUUAUUGUGCCUGUUGCUCAGUUAGAUGUGGCGACUCUGCACAAGGAUGUAAAGCACGAAACGACCAUCUUUCCGCAACAAGCGGCAUUGAGCGCACUUGAGGCAGCGGCUACGACACGUCGGGCCAAUGUUAUCGCACAAUAUGACCCUCGAGCAUCAUCACCACAAGCCGCGCAACUGGCGUUCGAUGCAGUAGCCGAAGCCAAGACGCAUGAGUCUUGUCAACUUGUCCGCAUCCCUCUAGGAGUUAGCGCAUAUGGUGUUGAACAACACAGCUACGAGCUGCGACAUCCAUGUGCUGGCACUUUCGCCAUCUCUGUUGAUAGGCCAUUUGACUUUACAAAGAAGAGCAGUGCAAGAAUUACUCUGCAUCAGCCGAUGAAUCCUGACAAACCAAUGGCAAAGCCUUCAAAAGUCGUUUAUCUUGACUUGAGUACAGAGACGCUGGAAGUUGAUGUAGCCUCAUUCAGAAGGCUUCAAAGCAAGUACAUGAUCGACAGCGCAAUCUGUGCAGUGCUGGCUGUUGCUUUUGCCGAAAGUGGGAUGGCUGAGACGAAGAAGAAAGCAGAGACGUUUGAGGCACCACCACUGACAGCGAAGUCCAAGAGUGACCUUCAGAAGGAGACUGCGAAAAGCCGCUGGCGGCGAAGCAAGAAGGUCGGUAAGAAGGAAGUUGGGGAGAACAAGGAGAAGCUGCCAAGGGUGACUCGAGGUAUAUUAUUUUUGCUUGGAUUCUCGUUCGAGGCGAUAGUAUGGCUGCUUGGAUUAGGAGUCAAGGUGUUGAGCAAAGUUGUGGUUUGUGCGAGUGGGAUUGUUAGCAAGAAGUGA